CAGCGAUGAUAGGAAAUCGCGGUUUCUUUAAGUUUGUUGUUUCCUCGCUUAAUGAAGGAAGGUGCAUUCAAAAUUGACUGGAUAUAAAACUAUGUACACCAAGUGUGUAUUUUGAUGAAACGGGCAAGUAUUCAGUCGACAUUUUGGUGACUGAAUGUGUUAAUAUCACGUUCACGCUUUUAAGUCCAAAGGCGCUAUAAAAGGAGAGAAAAUGCCGAUGGUGUUGCGCUCUAGAAAGUCAAUGUACCGCAAUGAUGGCGACGAGGAGAGGGACGUAACAACAACAGAAACCACGCGGUCGUCCCGCCUGCGAGAGAGACCCACGUCCACGGAGCCGGAGGACGCGGAAUCGGACGCCGUGCAGAGCCAAGUGAUGGACAGACUUCAGCCUGAUGAGGAAGAAGAGGAAACUGUGGAGGAGACAGAAACGGAAGUGAAGCACUGCAGUGUUGUGCUGGACCGUCUCCGUUUGCAAGAUAAGGCUUCCAAAAGAGAACCCGAAGAGAGAGACGACACGACCCGCAAAAGUGCAAAGCCUGCUUCCCGCAUCCCGACUUUUCAUAAGCGGCCUGGCACUGGGAGCGCUGAGGUGUCCAUGUCCAAAAAAGAGCUUCUGCUCCCAGUAAUUCAGCCUGCUGAGAAGCCCACUGGAGUCUCUGUGGACACGUCCAAGUCCAAACUAGCUGAUAUUGCAGAAAAAGCGCAUCCCCAGUUAUUAGGACGCCUCCCGAGACUUGGCCUUGAGGCACCCACAGAACAAACGGCUGUGGGGUCUACACCCAAGCCGUGCAUGUUGUCUGAGGGGGUGCAGCAUGGUCUCUUCAUGGUGAGCCCCAGGCCUGCCCUGAGAGCGGAGGAGGGCCUCUUCCAAGAGCAACCCGACAGCCGGGGCAGCACCGCCACUGAGAUGGAUGACCUCAUAGGUCAGCUUCCAUGCGUGGACCUCAGCCAAGAUAAUCCUCUGGGAGAUACGCCAAAAAGUUCUGAUGAGGGAAACAGUUCCCCGACCAGCACCGAGUCCACAGAGGACGCUUGCAUGCCUGAUGUUAGCCACACGGAAGGUAUCGUGAAUGAACAACCACCGUGGGAACAUCCACACACACCCGAGGCAGACGACUUGAGGUCUUCGUCGGAUGUGGACAGCGAGGAUGAAUUUGCGAUGGGUGAUUCCGGAGACGCAAAAGACCGCAAUGAGGUGCACGUAACCACCAGGGCGGAAGCGGAGUACGUCUCAAAGGAGGAAGUAGAGGAUGACGAGGAAGCCUGCCUCGUGGCAGCAGAGAAACCUGGCGCAGCUUCAUCCACCCAGCCAACAAAGGGAUCAGGAUGUCCUAGUUUUGUCCUCUGCUACCUGCUGCCGGCUACUCUGCUGCUGCUUGGGAUGCACGCUUGGCACUUUGGGCUUCCCACGUCCGUCAGCCAGCUCGCCGCUCAGCUGGAGCUACACUGGCUGGAGGGGGUGGGCCUCAUGGCAGAACCGUGUGGCAGGGAUUGUCGGGUUCAUCUGGUGGAGAGCAUCCCCAGCGGCCUGUACCCGUCCAGCCCAUUACCGCAGCAGAGCACGGCCACCAGCUGGCUCAGGCUGCUGGACAAGGCCGACGGCUCGGUCAGCAUCGCCGCUUUCUACGUGGCCCUGCGGAGCAGCCAAGCCGACUUCGCUCCCCUGGACACUCAGGGCAGGAAGGUCUUUGAGCGACUUAAGCAACUCCUUUCCAAGGACGUGAAGCUCCACAUGGUCGUGAACAGCCCUCAGAUUGCGAGUCAAGACACCGCUGAGCUGGCCGCAGCAGGUGCAAACAUCAAAGAGUUGGAUCUGAAGUCUUUAACUGGAGGCAUGGUCCACACCAAGAUGUUGGUGGUGGAUCAGAGGCACCUCUACCUGGGUAGUGCCAACAUGGACUGGCGCUCUUUAAGUCAGGUGAAAGAGGUGGGCUUGGUAGUGGAGGACUGCAGCUGCCUGGCGCGCGACGCCUCUCGUAUAUUUGAGCUGUACGCGAGGCUCAAUGGUUCCUUGCCACCAUAUUGGCCUGCUCGCUUCACCGCCCUGUCCAGCUCCCAGCAUCCUUUGCGCGUCGACUUCAAUGGAGUGGCCGCCCAAGUGUAUUUAUCCAGCUCCCCCCCACACAUCUCAGCCCGUGGACGCUCCGACGAUCUCGCCACCAUCCUGUCCGUCAUUGAUGAUGCUAAGAAAUUCAUCUUCAUCUCCAUUAUGGACUAUCUUCCGUUGUCAGAGUUCACCAAACCACUCAGGUUCUGGCCCGCCAUCGACUCCGCCCUGCGUGCAGCAGCCUGCGCUAGAGGCGUGAAUGUGCGCCUCCUGGUUAGCUGCUGGGAGAACUCGCCUGCUGCCAUGUUCGUAUUUCUGCAGUCGCUGGUGGUUCUCAACAGGCCUCCGCUGAAAUGCAACAUUGAAGUGAAAGUCUUCACGGUGUCUUCAACCGCAGAGCAGAUGAAGAUCCCUUUGGCUCGAGUCAACCACGCCAAGUACAUGGUGACGGACAGAGUUCUGUACAUCGGCACAUCCAACUGGUCUGAGCUGUACUUCACCGAGGUGGCGGGAGUGGGCUUGGUGGUCAACCAGACCGGCUCGGAGGUGAAACGAGGACAGCAGACGCUGCAGAGCCAAGCGGAGGAGCUCUUCCUCAGAGACUGGAGGUCCCAUUACGCCAGCUCGCUCUCGGUCGCCGACGUCAGGGCCUGCCAACACGCACGCAUUUUGACUUGAAUAUGCUUUGCUGCGGUGUUGAUGCACGCUAGCUACACCAGCUUGCUGCUCCUCCUGUGUAGCACCAACAAAUCUAACCUUGUGUGCCAGCUUUGGGAACAUUUCCAACACAGCCCAUUCUCCGAUUUCAGAUCAACAUUUGCAGUAAAAGUGUUGUAACACGUCGCUUAGUUGCAGCUGCAUUAACAAUUUUCUACCGCUUAUCCUCACGAGGGUCGCGGGGGUGCUGGAGCCUAUCCCAGAGGCGGGGUCCACCCUGGACUGGUGGCCAGCCAAUCACAAGGCACAUAUAGACAAACAACCAUUCACACUCACAUUCAUACCUGUGGCCGAUUAACCUAGCAUGUUUUUGGAAUGUGGGAGGAAUUGAACUCGGGUCUCCUAGCUGUGAGGUCAGCGGGUUCAUUCCCUUUAAUUCCCAUUGUUCACUCACAAGAGGAGCUAAGAAGCUAAAUAGUGGAGGACCGUUGGGUUGCUAUAAGAGCAGGGGUGUACAAAGUGUGGCACAGGGGCCAUUUGUAGCCUGUGGCUCAUUUGUCUUUUAAGUAUACAUACAAUAUAAAUACAGCAAACUUUUUUGGCAAUUUUACAAAAUUAAAUGUGUAAAAAAAAAACCCUCAAAAAAUGGCCCUGGGUUCGGGUGUCUUAACAGAAUAUCAGCUUGCUGACUUGUUUUUUAUUGCAUUUUGUGUGUGCUGGUAAUAUGUAUAUUUAGCCAUUUUAUGACUGCUUUUGAAAUCUUAUUUUUAUACUGUUUUUGUUGAGUGCUAUUGAAUUAUUCAUCUCAUUUGUACACUUCCUCUUGCUUGGAUCUAUUUGUAUACGUUGAGCACAUACACCUCAAAUCAGAAUAUGCUUCCAAAGAGCUGGAACAUGGAACAAAACCUCAAUUUUCACAUGUUGACUUUCCAUAGAAGUUGAAUCAGCUUGUGAUGUCAUAUUUUCCUUUUAUUAUGAGUUCUAUAAUACAAACGUUGACUGGUACAACCCCCAA